GUGACACGCCAUUCAAUUGCUGCCUGGCCCUGUGCAUGUAGGAAGCAGGAGGGGGACUUUGAGCGAACAGAAGAAUAUCGUGUCAUUUGAUAGAGGAAAAAAGGCCACAUUUGCGCUGCGUAAAAGCAAAAGUUGGACGGAAUCGCGUCGACAUGGGGAUCCGAAAAAAGACCAACAAGAACCCGCCGGUGCUAAGCCAUGAGUUUGUCAUCCAGAACCAUGCAGAUAUUGUUUCCUGUGUUGCUAUGGUGUUCCUCCUCGGGCUGAUGUUUGAGGUGACCUCAAAGUUUGCAGUGUUAUUCAUCACUGUCCAAUACAACGUCACCAUAUCAACAAACGAAGCCCCCGAGGAGACGGCUGUGAACUACUUCCACCACGGCAUCAAGGACUUGGCCACCAUCUUCUUCUACAUGCUGGUGGCCAUCAUCAUGCACGCCAUCAUCCAGGAGUACGUGCUGGACAAAAUCAACAGGAAGAAGCACUUCUCCAAAACCAAACACAGCAAGUUUAAUGAGUCAGGCCAGCUCAGCGCCUUCUACUUAUUCUCCUUUGGUUGGGGCACCAGCAUCCUGCUUUCUGAAAACUUCCUGUCCAAUCCAGUCAACCUGUGGGAGGGAUAUCCACAUGCACUCAUGCCAUUCCAGAUGAAAUUCUACUUCAUUUGUCAGCUGGGCUACUGGUUACAUGCUCUCCCAGAACUGUAUUUCCAAAAGACAAAGAAGGAGGAUAUUCCACGCCAGCUUGUGUACGUCUUCCUGUACCUGGUCCACAUCGCUGGCGCCUACAUUCUGAAUCUGAAUCGUCUGGGCCUGGUCCUGCUUGUGCUGCACUACUUCAUCGAGCUUCUUUUCCACGUGUCCCGACUGGUCUACUUCAGCAACGAGAACAGACAAAUGGGCUUCACCAUAUGGGCGGUCUUGUUUGUCCUUGGACGGCUGCUCACCUUGUCCUUGUCCGUCCUCACCGUGGGCUUUGGCCUCUCCACCGCUGAGAAUCAAGGCUUUGAUUUGGCUGCAGGAAACUUUAAUGUUCUGUUUGUUCGGAUAACUGUCCUGGCCGCCAUCUGCCUCACACAGGCCUUCAUGAUGUGGAAAUUUAUCAACUUCCAGUUGCGCCGGUGGAGAGAGCAUGCCCAAGCUCAGACCUUGAAAAAGAAACAAGUUCCUGCCAAAAGCAAAUCAAAGAAAGACAAAGCCAAUGGAGUAAAUGGAGUGAACUCUCACGGAGCUGAUUCGCCACGAGCAAGAAAAGAGAAGUCCUCAUAGAAACAUUCCUCUCAGUCCUUCUAUCGGCCCCCAUCUCAAAGAAACCAUUUCUCCCGGCGCCUUCGUGGCUGCGUCCCGCCAACAGAUUCUCCAGCUCCUUGACCAUGACAUUCAUUUUCAGCUCCCACACAGGACAGAGGACCUCCCAGCUGGACUUCAAGGGCCAAAUGCAUUUCGCUUUGCUUGUCGCCAGGCAUCCAGCACACCUUCAUUUUCCGAAUCUUUGCCCAGCUUUCCAUUUUGAAUGAAAAGAAAACAAAUUCAGAAAUAAACUAUGAAAAAAAGACCUUAUUUAAGAAGUGCCUAUUGAUACAGAUUGUUUUUGUACAGAGUGUGUAAUUUUAAAAUUUCAGGAAUGAUCACUUCAGUGUUUAAGGUUUCUCCCAGUUAAGGUCAUUUCAUGCGUUUUUUUCUUAAUACUGUAUAUUCCAGCUUGUCUUUUAUUUCUCUUUUUUCCUUGUAUUUAUAACUGCUCGCUCAGCUUCUCUCCCAUCCCCGUCUCGAGGGCCUUUAGAGUUUCCGAAUUUCCUUGUAAUGUCUCUUAUUUUUCCAUGAGUGAAGGUAGCAAAAAAUCUUGUUCUCUCAUCUUUAAUAUAGGGCUGGGUUCAUGCCAUGGACUCAAACUCACACAGCACAUUGUUUUCACCGUGUCGGUCAUCAACAGACACCUGUAGAUGGAAAGUAAUGUAUAUGGAAGUAGUUUUUGAUAUUCACUCAUGGAUAGAAUAAAGAAAAGUCUAUAAAAGCCAUCGAGGAGAACAGGAGGCGACAUGCUGUAGAAGUAGAUUCACAGUCAGUAUUGUGCAAAACUGCCAGCAAAGAUGUAGUAACCUGAUGUAGCAUUUUCUUACUGGAGUUCAGAACAGCUUUGUAAAUCACAAAAGAACGUGUUUGUUGCCAUGAAUUUAUACAGAAACGGUUGCAGUUGUAUGUAUAGUACUGUUCAUGAGGAAACACACCUAAUGUUUUAAUUUUGAACGAUAUGACUUUGUAAGAGAUGGAAACGACUUAAUCAGGCGAAAACCGUCCCUUUAGUGAGUUUGACUGAAUCCCUCUGUCUCGUAUGGUCCUGCCUUAUUUUGCUGUCUAAGUGGAAUGGUUUCACUGUAUUUGUUUGGCCUUGCAGUUGUCGCUUACCUUAAAAUAUAUCCUCCAGAAGGAUGUCUUAUAAAAGCAUGGACUGCUAAUGAAACAACUAUAUUUUGUUUGUUUUUUCCCCCCUAACCAACUAUUGACUGUGCCAAAUGAGCCUGAUUGACUGUUGUUAUAUGCCUUUUACUUACAUGCCAUAAAUGGAACUUACCAAGCUAUGGGGUGCAGUCGACUGUAUUGUAAGAAUCAGUCACCUUGGUAACGCCGGCUUAUUCUAAAGAAUAAACCCAUUAACUAAUUUUAGGUACACAGCAGUGAGUCAUGGUUGCCUCCGGCAGCAUAUGGUUUUCUCAACUUGUCCUGAGGGUUCAGCCUGCAACGGAAUAAAAUGUUCUAUUAAAAACA